GGGGGCGGUCCUGGGAGCCGGGGGCCGCCGAGGAGACCCACGUGCCGGGAGGAGCCGGCGGGGCCACGUGACGCGCCGCGGCGGGGCCGCAGCCCAGAAAUAGCCUCGGCGGCAGUUCCGCCCGCGGGCGGCGCGAGCGAGAGCCCAGACAGGAGGACGCCGGCUGGCGGGCGGCGCGGAGGAUGCCUGUGCGCCCCGGCCCGGCCCGGCCCCGAGCACAUGAUGGCGAUACGCGAGCUCAAAGUGUGCCUUCUCGGGGACACCGGGGUUGGGAAAUCAAGCAUUGUGUGUCGAUUUGUCCAGGAUCACUUUGAUCACAACAUCAGCCCUACCAUUGGGGCAUCUUUUAUGACCAAAACUGUGCCUUGUGGAAAUGAACUUCACAAAUUCCUCAUCUGGGAUACUGCUGGUCAGGAACGGUUUCAUUCACUGGCUCCCAUGUACUACCGAGGGUCUGCUGCAGCAGUUAUAGUGUACGAUAUCACCAAGCAGGAUUCAUUUCAUACCUUGAAGAAAUGGGUUAAAGAGCUGAAAGAACAUGGUCCAGAAAACAUUGUAAUGGCUAUUGCUGGGAACAAAUGUGAUCUCUCUGAUAUCAGAGAGGUUCCCCUGAAGGAUGCUAAAGAAUAUGCUGAAUCCAUAGGUGCCCUCGUGGUUGAAACAAGUGCAAAAAAUGCCAUUAACAUCGAAGAGCUCUUUCAAGGAAUCAGCCGCCGGAUCCCACCCUUGGACCCCCAUGAAAAUGGAAACAGUGGAGCAAUCAAACUGGGGAAGGCGGGCACGCAAGCCAGCCGGCGGUGCUGCUAACCCAGGGGCCGUGGUCCACAGUACCUGAAGAAGCCAGAGCCCACGUCCCCAUGUACUGCUGAAGGACCCCAUGCUGGGUGGCCUGACACCUCACUUUGAGAAGAGUGAGCACACUGGCUUUGUGUCUUGGAACGUCUCCACAGAGCAGUGUGGGAAAUGUCCUCAAAAAAGGAGUUUAGAAAACUUUGGAAAAACCGACCAUAGAACCACAAAAUGGCCUUUAGUGUAUGAAAUACACACAGGCAGGAUUAUACUUAUUAGGUAAUAAGUAUAGUUGCAUUUUGUUUUUGUUAAAAACCUUAAAACAUUCUUGGUUUUGUAUAAAAGUCUUGCUGCCUUGUUAUGUGUAUGGGGUCCUAAAGGGGUGUCCCACUCACAUUCCCUGUCUUACCAUGCCAAAUUUCAGUGACUUCUUCAGUGCCAUUGCCUUUAUUACCUAACCAUCCUUCACUGGAGGGAAAUUUAAUUUAGAAGGUUAGUUUUUAGCUAGGUUUGGAAGCAAGCCUUUAUUUAUUACCUUUGUGGAGGAAAUCAGGAAUGUAAUUGGUCCAUUGCUCAUUGCUCAGACAGAGACUUGAGCUAUUAUAAAGGGGGAGAGAGAUACAUUAGAAGCUGUCAUCUACAUCUCUUUUAAUUGGUAAAUAUUUUUCUAAGUUUUGGCCAUAUGAAAACAAACCAAAUUUGACCAAAUGAAAUAUUGCAUAUAGUUCUGGGAUUGGGAAGCCUAGUUUGAAAGAGGCAUUUAAAUAAUGACUAUGUAAGUGGUGAUAGAUGUAGGAUAUAAAUAUUAUUCAGGAGACCACCUGACAUGCAUCACCUAUAUAGUAAUAAAUUCCUGCUCACUUAGAUAAGUUUAUGCACUUGGUAUUAUUUUACUAAGAGAAUAUGUCCUGGUGUCAUCUAUAGGGAAGAAGAUUAGUUGGAAUUAAGUUUUUUUUGUUGUUGUUGCAGUUUUUGGCCGGGGCCCGGUUUGAGCCACAGGCGCUGCCCGCUGGAAUUAAAUUUAACUCUAAAUCAUAUGGCAAACUUUCUAAUAAUAGCAAUUAAUAAUAAGUUAUAGUAAAACCAGCCAGAGGAAGCAUUAGCAUCUUAAAAUUCUAUACCCCCAAACUAUAAAAUCAGAGAAAGCAUUUUAAAUGUUGCCACGCUUGGGGAGUAGGGUAGUCAGGCUAAUCAGAGGUCCAAGCCUGGAGUGCCAGUGAACGGAGAAUAGGCACCAAUGAAAACCUUCCUUUUCAGAUUCUCUGAAUCCAAGUAAAGAAAGAAAAGGCACAGAAGGGAAGAAAAGCGAUUCCCAUUGAAAAUUCAAACCUUAUUACCAUUCUAACGUUCAUAUAAACUUGGAAUCAAGAAGCAUUUGGUCUCCUGUCAAGGCCCAUACUGGGAAGUGAUUCUUAACCUUUCCCAAUCCAAUUUUUCUGCCUCCCAAAUACUCCUCAGCCCCUAUUUAUUUUGGGCAGGAAAAAGGUUGAUGUAUUGUAAUUAUCCUACAGUUUUUAAAGAGAAAAACAUAAAUAUGAA